AAAAACACCUCAAAGAAUGCUUGGAUAGGGCAUUCGAAGCCUUUGAUGAGAUCGAGUUCAGAUUUCCGGGCUUCUCAGCGGCAUUCGCCGAGGAAUUUCUGUGCCUGGCCAGCUUAGCUGAGACAUUAGACUCCGCGGUCCAGACUGCCCUUGUCCACGGACCAGUCGCCGGGUCCAGGCCCCUGAACGAAUGCUGAUGUGACCUCUUCACACAGGAAUGGACCAACGUGUACAGCACUUCCCGGAGUCCGCCAAGCGCCCCUGGUUCUCCAAGGUCGCCUCCUUGCUUGAUCUGUCUUCGGGAGACAACAAGCUCGCGAUGAUCAAGGCUGGCUGGUGCCCUGGAGAUAUCACUAAGAUCGGUGACAGCUUCAACACCAUCGCCGCCUUCUACUACUUCAGCAAGUUCAAGGCCGAUCCAACCGUAGCGGACUUGCACGAAGAGUGCCCCGAGUAUGGCUGCGGCCUCAGAAUACCAGCAGAGCCUAAGCACAUGAGCGAAGGUUGCGACUGCCCGGGAAUGGUUUCAUUCGAAGAGGAGAACCUCAUAGAAAUCUACGAAAAGGGCGAUGUUCCUUGUUUUUGUAUUGGAAGACUUGAAGACGGCAGUCUGGGUAUUGCUUUGAGUUCCUGCAGCAUCGACGAGGAGUCGCAGAAAGACCCCGAUAAUCACUAUGUCGCUCUCUCGCACGUAUGGUCAGAGGGGAUGGGUAAUCCGUCGGCGAACGCCUUACCCUUUUGCCAGCUGGCUUACGUACAACACCGGGCGAUGAUGGCAUAUCAAGUUGUGGAAGAGAAAGAAACAGACGGGUCAAAGGAUGGCAGCGGCAUCUUGAUCCAGACGAAACCAAAAAUACGCCAGCUCAAUAUCUGGAUUGACACUAUGUGUUGCCCAGCGACUCCAGGAUACGGAAAGAAUCUUUGUCUCUCGAUGAUGCGAGAGAUUUACUCAAAUGCCAAUGUUGUCAUGGUGAGAAGCGCAGUGCUUGAAGCUCUUAACAUAGGCGAUAUUGUACGGGAUCCCUCCAAAGGGGUGAUGGACGUUGCAUCGCAGGUUUAUCUGUCUCCAUAUAUGCGCAGAAUGUGGACACUACAAGAGGCAGUCCUAGCAGGAGCUUCCAGAGCUCGAGGUAUUGGUGACCGGCUUUGUCUGUCAUUCGCUGAUGGCAUUCUUUUGCUCGAGUCAAUCAUCAACCUUCUGAAGCAAGCACCGCGACAAGAAGCCUUGUUGGCAUACCGCUUCAUGGCGGAGUUUCGGGACCUUAGCACUCACAUGUGGCAGCUGAGAGACGAUGAUGAUGGCAAACCGAUGAAGCACAGUCUGAAAGGAUUCGACUUCUUCUUGAAUAUGCUCACCGUUGCCUUGAAGUACCGCAACGUUACAGUCGCGUCAGACGAGGUGAUUUGCCUAGCUACACUGCUCAACCUGCGUAUCAACAGCACAAAGGGAGUGGUACCUCUUAUUGGACAUGGAGAGACUCCAGAGGAGGGCAUGUGUGAGUUGUGGCGGAGGCUCCAGGCCCUCGGCGGCAGUCUGCCAUCUGACCUUAUUUUCUCGUCUAUCCCACGUGUCCAAGCACCGGGAUACCGCUGGGCUCCCGCAACUGUUGUCCAGUAUGCAAAACACGGCAAUCUCUAUGUUUCUCAUUCCAGUGCGUAUCCAGCGAAAAUCACCGACAAGGGUCUACACGUGAGGCUUCCUGGGGCGCGACUCAUGAGUCCGGCUGCCACUGCUGGUACACUCGGCAGGUUGUUACCAAAAGUACUAGUGAACGACGGGAAGCAAGCCAAUCCGGGGGACGAAGCUAUGCCCCCUUCGGUAUUCAUGGCAAAGCUACAAGCAGAAGAAGGUGGAUGGUUUGCUGUCAGAAUCCAUCACGUUGACAAUGAGACCCAAGAGUCCAGAUCUGUACAUGCAGGAGCGCGCUCCGAAACAGAUCACAGACCAAGGCUUCUUCGACUUCUCAAGAGUAGGUCUGCAGCGCUGAUAUACCAGAACGCCAAUAUCAGCGGGCCAGGCCUGCUCGUUUCCAUCGACUCGCCACCAUCAAAUCUGAGCGCUCUCGACAUCCUGAGUCUGAAUCCGGAGCCCUUGCAGACUACAAGCGAGUUCCCGGUAAAGAUAAUGCCACUGAGCGGUGGUGCCUGCGUCAUUGCCGAAGCAGCCAACACCUGUGUCGAAGAGCUUAAUCGGGCUGUGGUGGCUGAAUCUAGACAGCGGGGAGGCGAAUAUGCCGUUAACAAUGUCUGGGAGAAUACGGCUGUCAUUACCGAGCUUUUCAAGCAAACGGCCGAGAGAAUUGUGGAAGACUCCAGUUCAGCCCUGAAAGAAGCCUUGUAUUUCGAGGUCCUGUCCAGCAAAGCCUCUGUCACUCAUGAGGCUGCCAUUGAGCGCUUCAUGCAAUACGUGCGCCAGGUGGCGUACUGUGGCGGCGGUAUAAGGUGUGAGGCUUUUCCAGAGGACCAAGACUGGUAUGUGGAUUGAUCCUGGUCAGGAUCAAGGCUGGGCCCUCGUGGGGUUGGUACAUCAAUUAUUACUGCUUCAUAUUAGUCAUCAGA